GGAGGACGCGAGGGGAGGGUGCAGUGGACCCGCGGAGCCUCCGCCUUAGCCUCGGCCUCCGUGCCGCCGCCUUUCCCGGGCCCGGCCCGGCGGGCGCUCGAGCUUGAGGGCGCUGCCUGCUCCCUCAGUAGCGGGGGCAAGGGAGGCCGGGGUGCGGGCGGCUAAGAUGAGUGAAAGGAGAAGAUCUGCAGUUGCCCUUAGCUCGCGAGCACAUGCCUUCUCCGUUGAAGCUUUGAUCGGCUCAAAUAAAAAACGGAAACUGCGAGACUGGGAGGAGAAGGGGCUGGACCUGUCCAUGGAGGCGCUGAGCCCAGCGGGCCCACUCGGAGACACCGAAGACGCGGCCGCACACGGCCUGGAGCCCCACCCGGAUUCUGAGCAGAGCACUGGUUCAGACUCAGAGGUGCUCACUGAGCGGACUUCCUGCUCCUUUGACACUCACGCUGCCCUGGCUGCUGGUGCUGCAGGCCCUGUGCCUGCAGCCAUGUCUUCCAUGGAGGAGAUUCAGGUGGAGCUGCAAUGUGCUGACCUCUGGAAGAGGUUCCAUGAUAUUGGAACUGAAAUGAUUAUCACCAAAGCAGGCAGGAGGAUGUUUCCUGCUAUGAGAGUAAAAAUCACUGGCCUGGAUCCACAUCAGCAGUACUACAUAGCAAUGGAUAUUGUGCCUGUGGACAAUAAAAGAUACAGAUAUGUGUAUCAUAGCUCCAAGUGGAUGGUAGCCGGCAAUGCUGAUUCCCCUGUUCCCCCAAGAGUUUAUAUACACCCUGAUUCUCUAGCUUCUGGAGAUACCUGGAUGAGACAGGUGGUCAGUUUCGACAAACUCAAGCUGACCAACAAUGAAUUGGAUGACCAAGGACAUAUUAUUCUGCACUCUAUGCACAAAUACCAGCCCCGAGUUCAUGUGAUUCGCAAAGACUUCAGCAGCGAUCUUUCGCCUACCAAGCCUGUCCCUGUUGGAGAUGGUGUGAAGACAUUCAAUUUUCCUGAGACUGUGUUCACCACAGUCACAGCCUAUCAGAACCAGCAGAUCACCAGAUUAAAAAUUGACCGAAACCCUUUUGCCAAAGGAUUCAGAGAUUCUGGAAGAAACAGAACCGGACUUGAAGCCAUCAUGGAGACAUACGCAUUCUGGAGACCCCCUGUGCGCACACUCACCUUUGAAGAUUUCACCACCAUGCAAAAACAGCAAGGGGGCAGCACAGGCACUUCCCCAACCACUUCCAGCACAGGAACACCUUCCCCAUCGGCCUCCUCUCAUCUUCUGUCUCCGUCCUGUUCUCCUCCAACUUUUCAUUUGGCCCCCAACACUUUUAAUGUAGGCUGUCGAGAGAGCCAGCUGUGCAAUCUAAACCUCUCUGAUUAUCCACCAUGUGCCCGAAGCAACAUGGCUGCAUUGCAGAGCUACCCGGGGCUGAGUGACAGUGGCUAAAAAAAGCUCCAGAGUGGCACUGCAUCAGCCACUCAGCCCUCCGAAACCUUCAUGCCUCAGAGGACUCCAUCCCUGAUCUCAGGAAUACCAACUCCUCCUUCGUUGCCCAGCAACAGCAAGAUGGAAGCUUAUGGUGGCCAGCUGGGGUCCUUCCCCACUUCCCAGUUUCAGUAUGUUAUGCAAGCAGGCAACGCUCCCUCCAGCUCCUCCUCACCACACAUGUUCGGGGGUAGCCACAUGCAACAGAGCUCCUACAAUGCCUUCUCCCUCCACAACCCCUACAACCUGUAUGGAUACAAUUUCCCCACCUCCCCCAGGCUAGCUGCAAGCCCAGAAAAACUGAGCGCCUCUCAAAGCACUUUACUAUGCUCUUCUCCUUCUAACGGAGCCUUUGGAGAGAGGCAGUACCUGCCUGCAGGGAUGGAGCACGGCAUGCACAUGAUCAGUCCUUCACCCAAUAAUCAGCAGGCGCCCAACACCUGUGAUGGCCGGCAGUAUGGGGCAGUCCCAGGCUCCUCCUCCCAGAUGUCAGUACACAUGGUUUAAAGGCUGCCAAACACGUGGAGCCUACCAAAGUCAAGGCCCCAGAAUCUCCAGGAGAGAUCCUCCUUUUUGGGAGCCCAACGCCUUUGGAAAACAGGAACUGUGUAUUUUUUUUUUUUUCCUAGAGGAGGAAAACAGAUACCUUAGAUCAACGAAAGACACUUUUAAGCCACUGAAGUUACUUGUGGUGGAAUCCUUCAUGAUGCAGUGGCCAAUCUCCUGCCAGACCUUCAUUUUAUAAAGCAUUGUCUACUUCAGAGUGGCCUUUGAAGAGACUGAAUAAUCAUUUUAUAAUAACUUUAAGGGAAAUGCUAGCGUGUAGCAGCCAUGAAAAGUUACACACACAGACCUACCUAUACAGACAUACAUGCACACACAUAUACACAGACUCACACAUACACAAACAUAUAUGCACACUGCCUUCUGAACUGGGUGAACUCUGUAGAGGAAGGCCCAGAAUAGGUGCUUUCACCAAGAAUUUGUCUACAUACAACACUAGAUGGACUGGGUGUUCUCCCUGCAGCUUACCCUGUUUCUGGAAUGAACCAUGGAUCUUGGAAUCUCUCCCCAUUGCUGAGGGUGGAAAGACAUCAGUACUUAACUGGACUUGGCUUCCUGAAAAAAAUUGCUUUUAAACUUUGGCUCUCUUCAUUCAGUAUGCAAUCAAUGAUGUUCCCAGUGGUGCCUGUGAAAAGACGGCAUAAGAGCAGCUGCAUAGGACAGAGAGAAAGAGAAAGAGAAAGAAAAAGAGUGGAGAGGACUGAGAGAGAAAGUGUGAGCAACAAUGAGAGUCUCGUUUCACCAAGGAAAUCUGUUUUGGUUUGUUUGCCCUACCUACAGGUUAUAGAAAGAAGCAUGGCGUUACUGAGGAGUAAACCUCUCUGGACAUCGUGCGUGGUCAGGGCACCCGUGAGAGGGAUAGAACAAGGAAUGCACCUUAUCCCAUGGCUCUGACCAUUAUGCUCCAGAAGAGAGGUGCACCAUAUGGGAACGUGGUUCCCCAGCAUGCAGCCUGGCAGGGGAGGGGCAGUAGAAGGGAUGUGAAGAAGGAAAAGUUUUAUAUUCUUGCAGAUCAAACCAAGAGCAGAAGUGACGAGUAUUGGGUGUUUCUGCAUGCUGGUUCUAGACACCAGGCGGGAUCACCUGCCCUUUGGCCUCUGUGGCAGAAGUCCUGUCAUCUUCUAGGAAAUUGCCAGAUGGGUCUUCUAUAUCCUUCCACCUGCCCUUAGAGCUCCAUUUUUAUCAAAUAGUUCAUUGCAUUUUGAAGUUUUUUUUCCCCCUUUCCCUUCAAACCCUUUAAUAAUAAGAAAACAAGUGAAGCUUGGUGCAAGCUAAAAUUUUAAAUGGUGUGGAAAUGCAAAUAAUACCAAGUAAAAUAAUACAGAUAUUAUUAAGAUUUUUGGUUUUGAGGUGUUGUAGAUAAAUGUAUUUAUGUGCCUAGUGGGGAAUCCAAUAUUAUGAAUAUUAAAAAAAGGGGGCAAUAAAAGGGUAUGUAAAAUAUGUAUGAAGAAAAGGUGUAUAAAAAGUUGCCCUUAUGCACGGAACUCUGUUUCUAAGUGCCAAGCACAAAAAGCCGCUAAAUAAAGUCUU